AUGGACAUUCCAAAAACACAAAAGGCACUUAUCACAGAUCCGCCUGGGCCGAAUACAAAGUCCGUGGUCAAAGAGAUCCCCGUCCCCACUCCAGGAGAAGGCGAGAUCUUGGUGAAGCUCAAUUGUACUGGGCUCUGCCAUUCGGAUGUGCACCUCAUGCGCAACGACUGGGGAGAUCGGGGUCUCUCAAUGAUGACCAAGAUUGCUGGUCAUGAAGGAGCCGGUGUCGUUGUGGCUAUAGGGCCCAAUGUGACACGGUUUAAAGUCGGAGAUAGGGCAGGCAUCAAAUGGGUGGCUGAUGUCUGCGGAGAAUGCGAGAUGUGCACGAAUGGGACAGACGAACUCCAGUGUCCGAAGCAGCUCAAUAGUGGCUUCACGGCCGCUGGAACCUUUCAGCAGUUUGCCACGGCAACUGCCCGUUACGCAACUCGCAUCCCUGAUGGCGUCUCAGAUGAGGAAGCAGGACCAGUGAUGUGUGGCGGAGUUACGGGAUACGUAGCGCUAAGACGAUCCGCUGUUCGCGCGGGACAGUGGGUUGUCAUCAUGGGAGCAAGCGGUGGACUCGGUCACUUCGCUGUACAAUAUGCUAAAGCCAUGGGUAUGCGGAUCAUAGCCAUCGACGGAGGUCCCGGAAAGAAGGAACUGUGCGAGAAAUUGGGUGCAGAACAGUUCAUCGAUUUCACUGUCGAAAAGGACGUUGCUGAAAGAGUGAAGCAGAUUACCACCUGGGGUGCGCAUGGGGUUGUUGUUGUUGCUCCGAGUCAGGCUGCAUAUGAGCAGGCACCUUACCUCCUCCGCGCCGGAGGAACGAUGGUGUGUGUUGGCCUCCCGAAGGAAAAUUUCAACGCUGGUGCUCCGCCACUAGUCAUAGCUCUUCGCAGGUUGAACAUUGUCGGCUCAAUCACCGGGACGUUGAAGGAUGUCGACGAGGCGCUAGAUUUCACAGCCAGAGGUUUGGUUAAGCCCAUAUUGGUCAAGGGGUCAAUGAACGAUAUCGACGAUCUCUCCGCCAAAAUGAUGGCUGGCUGGUGGGCUUCCGGGCAAGAUCAAUCGAUUCUCUCCUCGACUCCUUAUGACUUACUAGUUUUGACCCACUAUGUACCCGUAGGGCUCAAAGAUGCAAAAGCGAAGUGUAAUGCUUCGUCAUGUCUCAUGACUUCUGCUCUCGUCAAACAUAUAGUCCUGCGAGAUAAGUUAUCGGACACUCCCAAUUUAGCCGUUCGACCAUCUUCCCGGAUUCAUAUCCCCAAACUCAUCUACUUUAUAGAAAUCCGGUAUGAAAUUUAG